AUGCCACAUAUUGAAGCAAACGACACAGGCGAAAUCCUGGAGAUACCAACACGAGGAAUCACUAUGGAAGCAUUGCCGAAUACUAUGCCGUCUGAUCUCGGCUCAUUACCAAUAGACGGAAAUGUGCUGAGAAAUGCGGCAGCAAACAGAUCGGUUGGAGAUUGUGUCAGUCUCACUGAGCUCUGGGCGCAAGUUCUUCAAAUUCAUCAAAACACCAUCGACCAGAAUGACAACUUUUUCCAACUUGGAGGCGAUUCGCUGGCUGCCAUACGGCUUAGCGAUGCGGCAUUGGAGGCCGGAUUUAUGCUUCCCGUUGAGCAAAUCUUUCUCUAUCCCGUCUUGAAUCAAAUGGCACAGUUGCCAUACAAUCUCUCUCAACCGGCUUGGGAGAAGGACAUUGCACCAUUUUCGCUGAUCGCCAGCGAGGUCGACCUUGAGCAGUGCAUAUCAGAUGUGGCAAAGAUAUGCGGUGUUGAGACUGGAUGCAUUGAGGAAAUCUAUCCUACUACACCUCUGCAGGAAGGAUUGCUUGCUUUGACGGCCAAAAGUCCAGGCGACUACGUUCUCCAGAGUGUUAUGGAUCUGACUGCAGAGGUCGAUGUGGACCGUUUCCAAAACGCAUGGGAGCAAACUUGCCAAGCUAUCCCAAUCCUCCGCACCCGUAUCGUUGAGCAUGAUACUCUGGGCUCUCUGCAAGUAGUCUUGGAUGAAAAUAUCUCGUGGCAUAGCAGCGAAGAUCUCGACAAAUAUGUCCAGGACGACAAGGCCAACGGGAUGAAUCCUGGAUGUCCCUUGGCCAGAUAUGCCUUGAUACGCAAUAGCGAAGGAGACGUUGCAUCACUUGUAUGGACACUUCAUCACGCUCUAUACGAUCGAGUUGCUCUUCAGCAGAUGCAAAACGCCUUUCGCCAAUUUUACUUCAGCAACGCCAUUAAGGAACUUCCUGCGUUCAAGACAUAUGUAAGGCACCUCCUACACAGAAGCCAAGUCUCCUCACUGGCUUUCUGGGAAUGGGCUACUCUUGACUUCGAAUCUGAGACCUUUCCACCAUUACCGGCUGGAGUAUCGGAAGGAAGCCCGGAUAGCUCGCUAUCCCGAAAGAUCGCGAUGCCGGAGGAUAUGGCAACGAGCAAUGUUACCGCAGCAAUGCUCAUACGCGCAGCAUGGGCACUUGUUGUAAACCGCAAUACAGGCGACGACGAUGUCGUGUUUGGGGCCACCUUGUCAGGCCGAAAUGCUCCUGUCCCGGGUUUGAACAACAUGAUAGGACCUACAAUCGCUACAGUGCCCGUACGCAUACGAGUGUCCUCUGGGACAACUAUUGCGGAGUACCUAGAGGGCGUACAAGAACAGGCGGCUGACAUGAUGCCCUUUGAGCACACUGGACUGCAACACAUCGCGCGUAUCAGUAAGGAAGCACAACAGGCGUGCAGCUUCCAAACUGCAUUGACUGUACAGCACCCAAGUCAUGGCCUGCCGGACGACUCUAAGACUAUUGGUACUUGGCGAAAGACGCCACAGGUCUUGGAAACUGCCACUUACCCGCUUGUUAUUGUCUGUACACUUGAGCAGAGCCAUGUUGAUGUUGUCGCCAAUGUGGAUUCGAGGGUGCUUGAGAUAUGGAAGGUCGAAAAGAUGCUUGCUCAGCUGGAGUAUACUAUCAUCCAACUGACUACAUCGUCUCCAGACACGAAAAUCGAUCAGCUGGAUCGACUCACACCAUCUGACUUGGAGACCAUCUGGAAGUGGAACAAGACUGUUCCGUCUGCAGUCGAGGAAACACUGCAUGAAAUGGUCGCGCGAAAGGGCAGAGAACAGCCAGAUGCUGUGGCCAUCGAUGCUUGGGAUGGAAAGGUCACAUACGCCGAGCUUGAAGAAAUAACCACACAUCUUGCAAAGUACCUCGUCGCCCAGGGCCUCAGCAAGGGCCAUCUAGUACCGCUAUUAUUCGAGAAGAGCAAAUGGUACAUCAUUGCUACUCUGGCUGUUCUGAAAGCUGGAGGUGCUUUUGUUCCAUUGGAUCCUGACCAUGGAGCAGAUCGCCGAGACGACAUCCUUCGCCAGAUUGAUGCCCGAAUUGCCCUCACAUCUGUGAGACAUAGUGGCAUUCCUUUCAACUCAAACAUCAAGGUUAUACCUCUCAGCCAAAACGUUCUUGAAGAACUGGAAAACUCGAAUUUCAAGACCACAGAGCUACCUUCGGCUAGCCCGCGGGAUAGCGCUUAUGCCAUCUUUACUUCUGGAAGCACUGGAACUCCUAAAGGAGUCAUUGUAGAGCACCAGGCAAUCACCACAAGCUCCACUUAUCAUGGCAAACUUAUGGGACUUGACUCAAACACACGAGUGAUGCAAUUCUCGAACUUCGCCUUUGACGCUUCUGUCGGGGAUAUUUUCACCACCAUGAUUGCUGGUGGCACAGUCUGUGUGGCGGCAAAUGCAAACCUUCGAGAUGACUUGGCAGGGUGUAUUCGCACGAUUCAAGCCAACACUAUUUUGAUUACACCGUCUAUUGCACGGCUGAUUCAUCCGGAUGAGGUGCCAUCUCUGAAAAAUCUAACAUUUGGCGGUGAGACACCGCUUCAAGAGGAUAUUGAGCAAUGGCAACAUAUCACACUUUCACAGGUCUAUGGUCCGACAGAGUGCGCCGUGCUCAGUACAUUCGGAUACAUGGAUUCCACCCAAAGCUCACAUGAUCAGACUCGAGACAUCGGAAGAGCUACAGGAUCAGUAGCUUGGAUCGUGGACCCGAACGAUCAUUCCCAGCUUGUACCAGUUGGGGCUGCUGGAGAACUUCUGAUUGAAGGCCCAAUCGUAUCCCGUGGAUACCUGAACGACCUUGUCAAAACCGCCAGUGUGUUUAUCGAAGAUCCCGAGUGGUUAACAAAGGGCGGUCCGGGCUUGCCAGGUCGUAAAGGAAGAUUAUACAAGACCGGAGACCUGGUUCGAUACGGAGCUGACGGCAGACUGCUGUACGUGGGCCGCAAAGACACGCAGGUGAAGGUCCGGGGACAGCGCCUAGAACUUGAGGGCGUCGAACACCAUAUCCUGCAGUGUCUUGCACCCAAGGCACAUCAUGUUGUAGCUGAGGUCCUGCAUGAGCAGGGAGCUGGAGCGAGCGCUGUGCUCGCAGCCUUUGUGGUGCUUGACGAAGAGUUUGCGGACAAUGGUACCAGCCAGACAUUUGAGGGUGUGGGUAUCACAGCUUUCGCCCCUGCUGCAACAGUGGAGGACCAAUUGACCAGAAACCUCCCAAGCUACUCUAUCCCGACGGUAUGGUAUAACAUCAACCAACUGCCUCUUAGUAUAUCCGGAAAAACGGACCGCAAGAAGCUUAGAGCUGCUGGGUCUGCAUACUCCAAAUUUCAAUUCGACAAUGGAGAUAUUCGACAGAAGGAAAGACUUGCACCACGAACGGAGGCAGAGAAGAUAUUAGUCAGCUUAUGUGCGCAAGUUCUCGGCCUCCGAGAAUCACAAGUUGGUGUCGACGAUAACUUCUUCAGAUUGGGCGGUGACUCCAUCAUGGCCAUGAAGCUGGUUGGUGUCACAAGGAAAGCAGGACACGUCACCACUGUUGCACUUGUCUUUCAACAUCCACGACUAGCUGAUCUCGCAUCGGUUAUGAGAAGCAUCAAUCAUGGCGCUGACAAUGAUGCGGAGGACAUAACGCCAUUCUCGCUUCUGCCGGAAGCUGAUUCGUCUGUGCUGACGGAGCAGGUCGCUCAAAUUUGCCAUGUUGAUCCAGAGGCCGUCAUCGACGCCUAUCCAUGCACACCGCUACAAGAGGGUCUACUUGCUCUGAGCUCUGUUCAGACAGGAGAUUAUGUCUUGCAGAGUGUACUCGAAAUGGCACCCUGGACGGAUGAGCUUCGAAUUCGCGCCGUAUGGGAGAUGGCUGUACGAAAUCUAGCAAUUCUUCGAUCAAGGAUCGUGCAGCACUUGAGCCUUGGGCUCAUUCAAGUGGUUAUUGAACAAAGCGUUCAAUGGCAAACUGGCGAUAACUUGGAGAUGUACCUCAAGCGUGAUAAGGCACUACCAAUGAGUCCCGGAGAACCACUAGCAAGAUAUGGCAUGAUCGAUGAUAAGUCUACUGGGAACAGAUAUCUGGUGGUCACAAUGCAUCAUGCUUUAUACGACGGAGAGUCUUGGAAUAUGGUCCAAGAGCACUUUUCAAGCCUCUUUGCAGACGCUGAGGCCACAUUUGAUCAUCAUGCUAGUUUCAGUCAUGUUGUUAAGAGUAUCAUGGACACAGACACCUCUGCAGCACAGAAGUUCUGGGAGGAGUCUUUCCAUGGCCUCCAAGGAACAACAUUCCCAUCUCUCCCUUCUGGCAACAAGACCAUUGUUGCCGACAGAACCAUUCGCAGUGACCCGUUCAGCUUAUCUGGCAAACCUGACGUGACGAUCGCAUCUAUCGUGCGUGCAGCAUGGGCAUUAGCUGUUCAUCAGUACACUGGAAGCAAUGAUGUUGUCUUUGGCGCCUUGCUUUCGGGCAGGAACAUGGCUGUCUCAAACAUAGAUAGAGUCGUUGGUCCCACUAUCGCCACGGUUCCUGUACGUGUGUGCGUUCCUCCGAACCACAGCUCUCCAGUUGCCUUUCUUCAGGAGGUUCAGGAUGGAGCGACGGCCAUGAUCCCAUUCGAGCAGACUGGUCUCCAACACAUUGCGAAGAUCAGCACGGAGGCACAACAGGCGUGCAACUUCCAGACUUUGCUUGUGGUGAAUGGCGCUAGGGCUGUUGAGGAAAAAAAGAACCACAGUUUCGGUCAAUGGCUGCAGAUGUUCCAGACCAAAGAAUUCACUUCUUACGCAGUGACAAUCAACUGCAAUAUUUCUUCGUCGGGAAUCAUCGCGUUGGAAUGUUCAUUUGAUACUAGCUUUAUUGAGCAGUGGAAGAUGCAGAACAUGCUAGACCAGACCACACUUUUGAUUCAGAAGCUUGCCAAAGCUGCCAUUGAGCCGAUCAACCAGUCUAGAACAGAGACCAAGCUGGCUGAUCUGAAGUCUCUUACAUCUUCUGACCACGAGAAGAUUUGGCAAUGGAACAGUAUAGUGCCAGCUCGAGUGGACCAUUGCGUGCAUGAUCUCAUCGAAAAGCAAAUGGAGCUUAACCUUGAUGCCCCUGCUGUUCACUCUUGGGACGGCGAUCUGACAUAUCAAGACCUCGACAAGGCCUCAAAGAAACUCGCUUGCCAUUUGAAACAUCAAGGCAUUGGUGAGGGUAGCUUUGUUAUUCUUUGCUUCGAGAAGUCAAUGUGGACGGUAGUUGCCCAGCUAGCAGUACUACGAGCUGGAGGGGCGUUUGUCAUGGUCGAACCAUCACUACCCAAGCAUCGUGUGCUUAGCAUCAUACGACAAACAGGCUCAAUAUUGGCGUUAACUUCAGUCAACGCCAAGCAUGCCAUAUCUCCACUGGUUGCCACUACUAUCGCUGUGGAUGAUGCCCUACUUGCCAUGGAACGACCAAUAGACCUGCUACCAUCGGUUUCACCUUCUUCCAUUGCCUACGUACCAUUUACAUCAGGUACUACAGGAGAGCCAAAGGGUAGCUUGAUCCCACACAGCGCAUUUGCAUCAGCAAUUCACUAUCAAGCCCGUCGAUUGGCCUGCGAGAGUGCUCGCGUGUUCGACUUUGCUUCUUACUCUUUUGACGGGUGCGUUCAGAACAGCUUGAUGACACUGGCCGUUGGAGGCUGUGUCUGUAUACCUUCUGAAUCUGACAGAAAGGAUAACUUGACUGCAGUUAUUUCUGCUAUGGAAGUCAAUUGCAUGCUUCUUACUCCUUCAGUUGCUCGUCUUGUGGACUUCGAGAGGUUGCCACUGUUGAAGCAGCUGAACCUUGGAGGAGAAGCCAUCCGCGCCACGGAUAUCGAUAGAGUGCCAGAGCGCAUUCGUAUUGUCAACAACUAUGGACCUUCAGAGUGCACAGUCAACAGCGUCAUCAACGACUGCCAGAGCCCAAGAGAUCAGAUUCACCUUCUCGGAACUGGUGCAGGAGCUGUUACAUGGGUAGUCGACCCAGAGAACCAUGACUGCUUAUUGCCCAUCGGUGCCGUAGGUGAGCUUCUACUCGAAGGGCCUAUCGUGGGUAAAGGUUAUGUCGGAAACCACGAAAAGACUUCCAUAUCCUUUAUCGAUGCACCUGCGUGGCUCGGUCGAGGUGGAAAGCUUUACAAAACUGGAGAUCUCGUCCAGUACAAUGAACAUGGAGUGUUGUGUUACAUCGGCCGAAAAGACUCACAGGUCAAGAUCCGAGGUCAAAGAAUUGAGCUAGGUGAAGUUGAGCACCACGUCCUUGCUUGUUUACCCGACGCCAGAGAAGUGGUGGUAGAUGUUCUUCAAGCAAAAGAUGAAGACUCGUCGGCUACACUUGCAGCAUUUGUUCUCUUGCAUGAGGCUCAAAAGAUUGAUACACCUCAUCUCUUUGCAGUCCCCAAAACCUUGGAGGAUGACCUGGCUGAACGUGUGCCUAGCUACAUGAUACCCACGAUGUGGAUCGCCGUAGCAGAGUGGCCCCUCACUGUCAACAGCAAGAUUGAUAGAAAAGCCCUGAGAGAACUUGGAUCCUCUUUCUCAAAGUCACAACUGGCGCAGCUUAACCAGAGUGUCAGUGAAGACAAACAAUAUCCUACCACUGAAGCUGAAGUUUUGCUAUCUCAGCUGUUUACCCGAGUCCUUGGUCUCGAAUCAGAUGUCGUUGUUGGAAUAGAGGACAGCUUUCUCCGUCUAGGUGGAGAUUCGAUCACCGCUAUGCAGAUCUCUGCCGAGGCCAGAGCUCGAGGCUUGAAUGUCUCUACUGCUGAUAUUCUCCGACACAAGACUAUCGCUGCUAUUCUGGACACUUCUUACGGAAGGGCGAGUCUCAUGACUCGUAGUGGAGAUAAAGAAGAAGAUCAGCAGUCCCAUUCUGCAAGACUAGGCUUCAUGGGAGCUUUUGUGUCCGAGAAGGACCUUGAUCUAUUCAAGAGUGAAAUACUUCCUCGAAUUAGUCCCGGUUUACAGUUCAGUGAAGUCGAGGACAUAUUCCCUUGUUCAUCCAUGCAAGAGGGUAUACUCAUCGGUCAGGCCAAAGAGUCUUCUAGAUAUCGGUCCCGAAUUGACGUUCAACUUCGCCUACCAGGCGGUACUAAAAGUCUUGACACCACGAAGUUACAAUGGGCUUGGCAACAAGUCAUGAGCCGCCACGCUCUCCUACGUGCAGUCUUGGUGAAGGACUUCCCAGGAAGUAGCAGAGUGAUGCACGUCAUUCUGACAGCCCCAGCGUCUUCCAUCAGUAUCGAAAAACAGCUCGACCAUUCUUCUCUUUCUGAUUAUCUCAACAGCAGCAGAAAUGGCUACGGGGAACUCGACCUCCAGCACCACCUAUCCCUACAUCAGCUAUCCAGCGGUGAGGCGCAUCUGGUUCUUGAGCUGAACCACGCCAUUGUCGAUGGUCACUCGACUUUCAUGUUGAUGGAAGAGCUUGUCGCCUUUUACAACGGCAGCACUAAUAUUUCUGAACCUCAAAGCUACCGUGAGCUCGUCUCAUUCAUCGACAGCAAGUCGCCACAAGAAGGCAUUGACUACUGGGCUGGUCGACUCAGAGACGUGGUAUCAUGUAAUUUUCCUGGGCUCGAAGACGAGACAGUGGCAUCCAAAGAACUAGUCGAGUUCAUCACAGUUCCGGAUAUUGAUACCAAGCAACUCCGCACUUUCUGUGCUGAGCAGGAACUGACGCCUGCAAUCCUAAUCCAAGUAGCAUGGGCCAUGGUUCUGAAGUCAUACACAGGGAUCCAACAACCGUCCUUUGGCGUCAUAUGUUCUGGUCGCGAUCAUUCCAUCGACCGAAUCGACAACAUUUUCGGACCCAUGAUGGGCAUGAUCACUGCCUGUAUCUCCCUCGGAUCUGAUACAUCAGUCAUCGGUGCCUUGGAGGCUACGCAGCUGGACUAUCUUGUGUCAUUGGAGCAUCAGACGGUGUCUCUUGCGGCUGUACACAGUGCCCUGGGCCUUGGAACAUCUGCCUUGUUUAACACCGUCCUCUCCUUCCAGAAGGUAGCAAGCGAUACCGUGGGUGAUGUGGAGAAAGGACUGUCGCUGCAGCUCGUAAACGAAGUCGAUCCUAGUGAUUACCCCAUUUCCGUCAGGGUCAUUGACACGCGCACGGAGAUCAAGAUCCUGAUUGACCAUUCCGGCAAGCUUGGAGAGUUUCAGAAGUCUCAACUUGGCAAGUGCUUCAGCACCGCUAUAAGUUCCAUCAUGAGCAAUGUCCAAAGUACUGCUACGGACCUGAACCUUCUUGACGGCCCCAGUCUUGGAAAGCUUUGGACAUGGAAUGCGCAAGUUCCCCCAGCAGUCGAUGAUUGUGUAGAUCAUUUGGUUGAACUACAGGCUUCCGCGACUCCAGAUGCCUGUUCGGUUGAAGCCUGGGAUGGUAAGAUAUCAUAUUCAGAGCUCGAACGCCAUGCCAAUAAUCUCGCUUGUUACCUCGUGUCUUUAGAAGUCGGGCCAGGAGUAGUCGUGCCAAUUUGCUUUGACAAAUCCGUUUGGGUUGUCGUGGCCAUGCUUGGAAUCAUGAAGGCAGGCGCCGCAUUCGUGCCCAUCGACUUUUCACAGGCUCCAGAACGAAGAGAGUUGAUAUUCAAGCAAGUUGAUGCUCACAUCGUCUUGACAUCUGCGGAUCAUAUGAUUAUCUCGGCAACUGGCCAAGGACGACGCGCCGUCCCAGUCACUCCUAAUCUCAUGCAUGAUCUCGAUUUAAAAUACCAUGGUAAGAAACCAACCACAACAGCAUCCGAUCCUUCAAGCAUCAUCUACUGCCUUUUCACGUCCGGAUCAACCGGUAUUCCCAAGGGUGUCACCUUACAGCAUAGCGCAGUUAGCACAAGCUGUGUUACGCAUGGUAAACGAAUCGGCUUCAACGGAAGUACCAGAACGUUACAAUUCUCUUCGUAUACUUUCGAUGCCUGCAUAUUCGACAUAUUUACUACUUUAUUGUUUGGCGGUUGUGUUUGUAUCCCUUCGCCUGGUCAACGAAUGGAUGAUGUUGCAGGGUCAAUCCAUGCCUUAAAUGUCAAUACUUUAUUCCUGACGCCGACCGUUGCGCGUCUGGUAGAUCCAAAACAAGUACCUUCACUUCGAGCAAUCGCCAUUGGCGGUGAAGCCCCUUCCCCUGCCGACUUUAAGAGAUGGCAGCACUUGGAGGUUGUUAUGCAAGGAUAUGGACCUACUGAAUGUGCCAUUUUCUGCUCCAUGAACAAUGAAGGUCGUGAUGCUACACAUGUCAACUGCAUCGGAUAUGCAUCAGGCACGGUGUCAUGGGUUGUCGAUCUUCAAGAUGAAAACAAACUCGCACCAAUUGGAAGUAUCGGUGAACUGGUCGUCGAAGGCCCUCAACUCUUUGAGGGGUAUCUGAACGAUGAAGAGCGUACUGCCGAAGUUCUCAUGAGAAACCCGCCCUGGCUACUACACGGUUCUCACUCUACCCCUGGUCGCCAAGGAAGGUUGUAUAAGACGGGUGAUCUGGUUAGAUACGUCAGUGAUGACGGUACAAUGGCAUUUGUGGGACGAAAGGAUGCCCAAGUAAAGCUCCGCGGUCAGCGCAUGGAGUUGGCCGAGACUGAGCAUCAUACCAUGGCUUGUGUUCCGGGAGCGCUUCAGGUGGCAGCCCUGGUUGGGAAGCUUGCAGGUGAAGAAGCACUGCCAGCAUUGAUUGGGUUCCUCGUUUUGAAGGAAACAAACAAAUUCCUAGAUGUACCAGAGUCGCGACCUGAUGACUCCGCCUCAUGCACAGGAACCGCCCGCUUCCACUCCCUCCCAGUGUCGGUUGAAGAUGAGCUAGCAAAGAGGCUACCAGGCUACAUGAUUCCGACCAUCUGGUUCACUAUCGACGAAAUGCCAGUUGCAAGCUCCGGAAAGGUCGACCGCAAAAAGCUUCAACAAAUCGCCUCCUCUUUUACUGUCGCUGAUCUCGCCGCAUCCAAGGACAUGGGCUCAGGCAGAAAGGUUUCAACAAAGGCCGAGAGACAUAUGCAGCAACUUUGGUCUCGAGUGUUGAGAUUGGAUGACUCAGCUAUUGGUCUUGACGAUAGCUUCUUCCGUUUAGGAGGAGAUUCGAUCGCUGCAAUGGAGCUCGUCAGUCAGGCGAGAAAAGACGGUUUGGCUCUCUCCGUUGCUCAAGUAUUCCAGCAGCCGAAGCUGGGACAGCUGGUACUGCAGCUUAAUCUCAGUCCCAAAGACUCCAUGCAAGCUUUACCCAUUGAACCAUUUUCUAUACUCAAUACUGGCAUUGCCAUUGAGAGUUACAAGAAGGAGAUUGCUCAGGCUUGUGGCGUUACAACUUUGGACAUCCAGGAUAUUUAUCCUACUACCGCACUGCAAGCUGGUUUAAUAGCGCUCACCUCCAAGCAAAGCGGUAGCUAUGUUCUGCAGACUGUCAUGAAACUUUCUGCCGAUAUCGAUCUCUCGCGAUUCAAGGACGCCUGGCAGGAGACUGUACGAUCUCUACCCAUUCUGCGGACUAGGAUUGUUCAAUGCGACGGCGUUGGCUUGGUUCAGGUCGUUCUUGAACAUGCACCCAUUAGGUGGCAAUAUUCAAACAACCUUGAACAUUAUCUCGGACAAGAUAAGCUUGCAGCCAUGGACCUCGGGAAGCCACUAGUUCGCUUUGCGAUUAUCGAGGACAAUGGCUCAAUCAUGUUUGGCUGGUCUAUUCACCAUGCUUUGUACGAUGGAAGCUCAAUGCCACUUAUUCAGGAGCUCGUCAAGGAAGCCUAUCAGGGUUCUAGUCCAGGACAGCAUCCUCACUUCAAUGCCUUUGUCGCAUACACCAUGGCCCAGAACACAGCGGGAAUUGAGACCUUCUGGAAGACCACUUUCGAGGGAGUUGAAGCACAGUCAUUUCCUCCGCUACCCACUCCUACUCACUCUGUUACGGCAGAUUCUACAAUCGAAAGGCCUUGCUCAUUCGCAGCGGCAUCAAAGAAUCUGGAUGCUACCAUGUCUAUGAUCAUCAGAGCGGCCUGGGCAAUGACUAUCCACCGCUUAACAGGAGCGGAAGACGUUGUUUUCGGAGCUACACUAUCAGGUCGCAACGCGCCCGUGACCGAUAUCGAGAAAAUGGUUGGCCCGACUAUCGCCACAGUUCCUAUCUGUGCUAGGGUCAGCUCCAAGUCCACAGUUUCAGAGCUCUUGACCAAACUGCAGGACCACGCUACUGCCAUGAUUCCCUACGAACAAAGCGGUCUACAGAACAUCGCCAAGAUCAGUGACAACGCCAGCGCUGCUUGUCAGUUCCAGACGUUACUAGUUGUGCAGCCACCCACCGUGGGUUCACUUAAGACUGAACUUGGAACCUGGCAGGAAAUGCCGCAGACAAGAGAGUUCACGACAUACGCCGUUACACUCGUCUGUCAACUGAAGACAGAUGGUGGUGUCGAUAUUCACUGCGGCUUUGACUCCAAUGUCGUUUCCGAAUCCCAAAUGGAGCGCAUGAUCGAUUACCUUAUACAUACUAUCCAGCUUUUGACUAAUGGGGCACCCGACCAGCGAAUUUCCAGCCUCCUAGGCCCUGAUCCUUUUGAUAUGCAGCGGCUAUGGUCUUGGAAUAUCUCUGUUCCGGAUCCGGUUAUUGCCUGUGUGAACACUACAAUCUCGAUCCGGGCAACUCGAAACCCGGAUGCGCAAGCUAUCUCAGCUCACGACGGCGAUUUUACCUUUGCCCAGCUCGAUAGCCUGUCGACUCAAUUGGCCUAUCGACUUAUAUCUCUUGGCAUAGUGCCUGAAGCGAUGGUUCCAUUGUAUUUCGAGAAGUCUGCCUGGACGAUUGUGGCCCUGCUUGGUGUUCUCAAAGCUGGAGGCGCAUUUGUGCCUCUUGACCCAAGCCAACCUCGUGAUAGGAUAGCUUCUGUUCUGAACCAGGUAGAUGCAAAGGUCAUACUAACUUCAGAAGGUCUUUCGAAGACAGACUUCGGCUCCGGGAUCACAACUGUAUCGCUUGGGCACGGUUUGCUCCAGCACGACGGUGACUCUAUGAGUGGACUGCCUACCGCUAAUCCCUCAUCUGCUGCAUAUGUGAUAUUCACUUCUGGCUCAACCGGUGUCCCCAAAGGAGUUGUUAUCGAGCACCAGGCAAUCAGCAGCGGAUGUUAUUAUCAUGGUUCCAAGAUCAACCUUGACAGCACAUCAAGUGUUCUACAAUUCGCUUCUUACACUUUCGACGCCUCAAUUUUCGAAAUACUCACAACACUCUCGUUUGGUGGGUGCGUUUGCGUUCCCUCAGAGACCCAGAGGUCCAAUGACCUGGCGCAGGCCAUGGAGUCAAUGGGUGUAAAUACCGCACUUCUUACGCCAUCAGUCGCGAGACAUCUUGAACCUACCCAAGUGCCCUCACUGCGAACUCUUCUCUUGGGCGGCGAAGCAUCCACCGCAGAUGAUUAUUUAAGAUGGUUGCCAGCGACGAGGCUUUUCAAUCUUUACGGCCCUACAGAAGCGUCAGUAAUAUGCAAUGCAGCAGAAGUCACCCCCGGCGCUGUCGAGCCUCGGAACAUUGGUCUCGCUACUGGGUCGGUUAGUUGGAUCGUUGACCCGCAGGAUCCGGAACGGCUUUUGCCUAUCGGAGAAACUGGAGAGCUUAUGGUCGAGGGCCCUAUUCUCGCCCGGGGCUAUGUCGGAGACUCUGCGAAGACUUCAGCCGCUUUUAUCAAAACCCCUACGUGGCUGGCAAAGGGAUACGGCGAUUUGCCUGGUCGCGAGGGGCGACUUUACCGGACUGGAGAUCUUGCCCACUAUGCUGAAGACGGCAGUAUAGUUUAUGUUGGCCGUCGAGAUGCCCAAGUCAAGAUUCGUGGUAUGCGUGUUGAACUGGCUGAGAUCGAGCACCACGCUUUGGCUUGUGUCCCUGCUCAGAGCAUUGUUGUUGAGGUCAUGAAGCCUUCCGGUGAGGGUUCGGCCAACAUCAUCGCCCUCUUUGUGGUUCCUGAUCAAGACAAGUCUUCUUUGAUAUCUGGAGGCACACUGAUGGAGAGCAAUGGCUCAACAUGUCUUGUGCAGUCACUCCCUCCCGCGCUUGAAACUCUAUUGAGCGAAAGAUUACCCAGUCAUAUGGUGCCAACUCUGCUAUUUGUCCUGGACCAUUUCAAUCUGAACAUGGCGGGCAAGGUUGACAGGAAAAGGCUUGUUCAACUUGGAUCAUCCUUCACUACCACCCAACUUGCUUCCCUACAAACCUCGGGUGUAACAGAGAAGCGUGGCGCAUCUACGGAAGCCGAGGGCACUCUCCAACAGAUCUGGGCGCACACUCUAAACAUUGAGGCCACCGCGAUCGGGAUGGACGAUAGCUUCCUUCGACUUGGCGGUGAUUCUAUCACAGCAAUGCAAGUAUCUUCGUCAGCUAGAGCCAAGGGACUAGAGGUUACGACGAUGGAUAUUAUGCAGCGAAAGACUAUUAGUGCCAUCAUCGAAAGCUUGAGUUCAUCACCUACAAAGAUUCAAUCAUCGCAUAUACGCGAUUUGAUCAAGCACGCUCAACAGACUGUAGGUAGAGGCGAACCUUUUUCUCUCAGUCCUAUACAGCAGCUCUUCUUCUUGCACCAGCAAGACCCCAGUGUGCUCUUCGACCAGUGUAUUCUUCUUCAGCCUCGUAAUAGGGUGCAGAUAUCCACUUUUAGAAAAGCACUGGACGUUCUUGUCUCAACUCAUACAGUUCUUCGUACGACGUUUAGCAUGUCCUCGUCUGGGGUUUGGCAACAAUCUAUACCACCUACCUCAUCCAAACCAAUUGACACUGGUAUCAAAUGCCGCCAUGUGGAACUCGACAGUUUUGAAGAGAUUGCGGCUGUCAUAUCGAAGGACCGAAAAGAGCUUGAUAUCGCCAAUGGCUCGCUGAUGGUCGCUACGCUGAUUGAUGUCGCCGAAUCACAGUAUCUCUUCCUUAGCGUUCAUCAUUUGGUGGUUGAUCUGGUCUCUUGGAGAGUGAUACUAGAGGAUAUUGAGAACAUUCUAUCCGGCAGUAAAACACCCUCGCCUAGUCCUAUGCCUUUCGAGACAUGGACCUUUUUACAAGCUGACUAUGCCAAGAAUCACCUCCAGGUGGACCAGGCACUGCCUUUCGACUUGGCAUCGCCAAUGCACUCUUAUUGGUCAUAUGAAGAGACAAAGUCACCGAAUAAGACAAGAAUGAAAACAUUCACUCUUGAUGAGGAAACAAGUGCCGCCAUACUUGGUGACUCUAACGACUCUUUUGCUACGAAACCCUCAGAUCUGAUGAUGGCAGCUCUUCUCUUUGCCUUCAGCCAAGUAUUCUCCGACCGACCCCUGCCGGCUAUUUUUAAUGAGAGUCAUGGUCGAGAAGUAUGGGAUAGCAGUAUUGACCUCUCACGGACAGUUGGCUGGUUCACGACUCUAUAUCCUAUGCAAGUCCGGCCCUCGGAACCAGAUAUCCUUGACUUUGUGCGCCAUGUUAAAGACUGUGUCAGGUCAAUUCCUCAAGCUGGUUUCCCAUUCUUCACUUCCAAAUUUCGUGAUGGAGAUAUUGCUAAGGAUUUUGCAUCUUCUUUCCCUGUGGAAAUCAUGUUCAACUACGGCGGAAGAUAUCAGCAGCUGGAGCGUAAAGAUGCGUUCUUCCGUAACGUACCACUUCCAGAGGAAAUGGCCACUCAGGCUUCGAAAUACACGAGAUAUGCUCUAUUUGACGUGCUUGUCAACAUCACAGACUCAUCUCUCGGCGUCACUUUUAUCUACGAUGAUGUCAUUGCCGCGAGCCAUGAGCCAAAGAUUCAGGCCUGGAUGGAUGAAUACAAAACGGCACUAGAGAGUGUUGCUUCAAGCCUGCCCGAGGAACCUCAUCAGUGGACACUCACGGAUAUUCCAGACGCGUUUGACUCGUACGAUAGCAUCGUCGAGUUCCAGGAAGAGAUCAUGCCCGAGCUUGAGAUAGAUGAUGUGGAUGAGAUUGAAGAUAUCUUCCCGUGCGCUCCCACACAGGAGGGUAUCCUCAUCAGUCAAGCUAAGGAUCCUCGAAACUAUCGUUCUCGGGUCCAAAUCAAGGUCUCCGCCGCAGAGAGCCACCAAGUCGAUGUCACCAGACUGCGUCAAGCAUGGGCGUCUGUCGUGCAGCGCCACUCUCUUUUGCGCGCCAAGCUGAUUGACAGUUUCCCAGGUAGCGGAAAGGCGAUGCAGAUCAUACUCAAAAAGCCAUCAAUUGAUGUUGACAUGCAUAAGGUCUCCACAACGGAUGCAGCGAAAUUAGAUCUGCUGGAGGGCACUGACCCUGAAGAUUGGAAUCUGCAGCACUACCUCACCAUACAUCGAGUCACGGACCAGGAGGUCCAUCUAAUUCUUGAGAUGAAUCACGCCAUUGUUGAUGGGUACUCCAUCGGCAUCCUGCUUGGAGAUCUCAGACAAGGAUACCAAGGAACUUUGCCCCAAAACCCAGCACCAUCUUAUCGUGAGUUUGUUGAUCAUGUCCAGCAGCAACCCUAUGAUGAUAGCUAUGCUUUCUGGAAAGACUUCCUCGCCGAGGCCGAGCCUUGUCAGUUCCCUCUCCUUGGCGACCAGAUGGAACUUAGCGAUAAGGAACUUCGCCGCGAGUCAACUCAGAUCCAGGUCCCGAACAUCGAUAUAGCACAAAUACGGUCUUACUGCCAACUACACGAAGUCACGCCUGCGACAAUUAUACAGACGGCUUGGGCCAUGGUCCUAAAGCAUUACACGGGUUGCCGUGCUCCCAGCUUUGGUGUUUUGUCAUCUGGACGUGACCUACCUAUCGAUGGCGUCGAGAGCAUCUUCGGACCACUCAUCGGCAUGCUUGUUUGCCAUGUGGAUCUUUCUGACGAGAGGCAGACUGUGGUGGAUUUGACUAAAUCCGUGCAAGACCGAUAUUUGAUGAGUUUGUCACAUCAGAACGUUUCUCUUGCCAACAUUCAAAAUGCACUAGGUUUGGAUGGGGACGUUGCGCUAUUUGAUACUGGAAUUUCCUUCCAGAAACCCAAUGGAAACGCCGGUGUGGGUGACUGUGACGAAGUUCAGUUCGUAGUGGAGGGCGGUAUAGAUCCAUCCGAGUAUGCUAUUGGAAUUCGAGCCGUCGAUGACGGUACAGAUCUGCUUGUCCUGAUGGAUUACCGUCUCCAACUCACACCUGUACAAGCAGAUCAACUGUCUAACUGCUUCAGCUCUGCCAUUUCGUCGAUAGUUCAGCCCAAUACAGGCGUAACUACUGCCCCGAGACUGGUCAAAGAUGUGGAUCUUUUGGACGACUCUACUUGGAGUCAACUGUGGAAAUGGAAUCAGAAUCUACCAUCGCCUGUUGAGAGAUGUGUUCACGAAAUGAUCGCCGAGCAAGUCUUGAAACAGCCCACGCGACCAGCUGUUUUCGCGUGGGAUGGCGAAAUGACUUAUGCCGAGCUUGAUGCCGUCAGUACGCGUCUUGCAUGGCAUCUGGUGCACCUCGGAGUGCAGCCAAGCAAAACCAUGGUUCCGAUUUGCUUCGACAAGUCAAUCUGGGCUACGGUAUCAAUCUUGGCUGUACUAAAAGCUGGAGCAGCCUUUGUGCCUAUCGAUCUUACACAAGCCAUCGAGCGACGUGCAAAGCUACUUGGUGAAAUUGAUGGCCGAGUUAUCCUUACGUCCACGCGCUACAGUGGAACCUCAUUUAGCGAGGGGACUACUGUGGUUGCGGUCAACCAGGAGCUUAUCGACAGUCUUGUCAACAUUGUUCCCGACGGCCAAGAGCUCGAGAACUUCGAUAGACAGGCACCCUGCUAUGUUCUCUUCACCUCGGGAUCGACUGGUCUACCCAAGGGUGUGCUCACUCAUCAUGAGGCCGCGAGCACAAGUUGUUAUUACUCAGGCAUAAGAUUGGGUUUCUCAAACACCUCAAGAGUCUUCCAAUUCGGUGCUUAUACCUUUGACUCGUCUAUCACGGAGAACUUCACAACUAUGGUUUGGGGUGGCUGCAUCUGUAUUCCCUCCAACGACGACCGUAUGGAUGACAUCCCCAAGGCAAUCAACACGCUACAAGCAAACCUCACAUUUCUCACUCCUACUGUGGCGAACCUGAUCGACCCUAAAGAUAUUCCAACAUUACAAACCAUUAUCCUUGGAGGAGAAGCCACAACCAUCGAAGAUUUCUCUCGCUGGAGACAUCUGAAGAGGGUGAUUAACGGUUAUGGACCAACUGAGUGUACGGUUUAUUGUGUUCUCAACCACACUGACGAGAUCUACAAACUUCCAGCCCGCAUCGGUACCUCCGUAAGCUCCGUUGGUUGGGUCGCAGAUCGUGAGGACCCUGACCGUCUUUUGCCUAUUGGCGCUGUUGGAGAACUGUUGGUUGAGGGACACAUCCUCGCCUUAGGUUACCUUAACGACCCUGAGCGAACCGCAAGAACUUUCAUCAAUAGUCCGAAAUGGAUGACCCGUACCAGUCGAUCUGGGCGCCUCUAUAGAACAGGCGAUCUGGUCAGAUAUGACAAGAAUGGUGGCCUUGUAUAUGUUGAACGCGCAGAUACACAAGUCAAAGUGCGCGGACAGAGAGUCGAGCUAAAGGAAGUUGAGGUGCAAGUCGCGGCUACACUUCCACAAAUGCAACAAAUCAUCGCCGAGGUGAUUAUUCCUGGCGGGAACAAGUCGAAGGCCUUGGUUGCUGCUUUUUUGGUUCCCGCUGAACCAGCAAGUGAAAGCGAUAUUACAGCAUCCGAUGAGGCAAUCAGAGUAUACACCAUUCCACCUGAGAUCGAGAAGCAACUCUCCAGACGCCUGCCCUCAUACGCCAUCCCCACGGUCUGGUUUGAGGUACUGAAGCUUCCUUUAACCGCAUCGGGAAAAACCAACAGACGUAUACUGCGAGACUUGGGAUCCGGCUACUCAAAGUCACAGCUCAUCCGUCUUCAGAACCAAAACAAGGCCAGCAAACGAACACCGGCGACCGAAGUUGGCUGGAAGCUUCUUGAGCUCUUUGCAGAUGUUCUCGGACUGACCCAUUCAGACAUUGGCCUUGAUGAUAGUUUCUUCCGCCUCGGUGGUGACUCGGUUGCUGCGAUGAAGCUGGCAAGUAGCUCUCGCAAGGUUGGAUUGAGAAUAUCUGUUGCACAGGUUUUCCAGAACCCUAAAAUGGAAGAUCUUGCAAACCUCCUUGACCCGUCCGGUUCAUCUCAUUUGGGCCAUGCUAUUGACGAAACCGAAGAGUUGGCGCCUUUCGCACUACUUAAUGAAUCAUUUGAUGUCGAGAAAUGCCGUCAGGAGGCAGCUGACUUCUGUGGCGUUUCAAUCGACGUCGUAGAAGAUAUUUAUCCCUGCACACCCAUACAAGAAGGGCUUGUGGCACAGACCGUCAAGAACUCUGGGGAUUAUGUUCUCCAGAGGGUGAUGCAACUUGCCGAUGGCAUUGACCUACCCCGUUUCAAACAGAGCUGGGAGCAGGUCAUCCGCUUAAAUCCUAUUCUGCGCACUAGAAUCAUCCAAAGCGAGACUAGCGGUCUGCAACAGGUUGUACUAGAUGAGGGAAUAGUCUGGAGAGAGUCAAGUAACCUCGAAGACUACCUCAGGGACGACAGAUUGGAGGCCAUGGACCUUGGCCGUCCUUUGGCUCGAUACGCAAUUGUUACUCAUGACGCGAGCCAAAAUUCUAUGUUUGUAUGGACCAUCCAGCACUCCAUUUACGAUGGCGGCUGCAUGCCUCUUAUGCUGAACCAGGUUGAGGUGGCCUACCAUGGCGGGACUUUAUCUACACAGUCUGCGCCAAAGUUCAACCUCUUUGUCAAACACAUGGCGGAAAACAUGGAUAGCGAUGCAUCACUCAGCUUCUGGAAAGAGGAGUUCUCUGGGUACGACUCACCAGCAUUCCCUGUCUUACCCAAGGUGGGCCAUAACGUGGUGGCUGAUGCUAUUGUCGAACGAGCCUGUACGCCAAUCCGGCCCAAGGGCGACAUUACCCUGGCCACGGCCCUCCGAGCAUCUCUAGCUCUCACAAUCCAUCGACAGACUGGUGUCGAUGACGUUGUCUUUGGCGUGACGCUUUCCGGCCGUAACGUCCCCAUCCCUCAGAUAGAGGAGGUUGUCGGACCAACGAUCACCACCAUACCUGUUCGUGUGCGAGUCCCUCUGGAGACAACAGCGUCUGUAUCGGACUAUGUCAACACAGUCAGCGAUGCAUCGGUCACUACGAUACCCUAUGAACAAACAGGCAUUCACCGUAUCUCCUCCGUCAGCCCUGAAGCUCGCCAAGCCUGUGACUUCCAGACCUUACUCGUCAUUCAGCCAGCACCGAACGAGGACGAUCUAAAUGAGACUUCUCGGCUCGGCACUUGGCAGAAUACUACACAGACGCGGGAGUUUACAACAUAUGCCAUCACUAUCAUCUGUCAGUUGCAAAAGGAUGGUGGUUUCAAAGUUGGAUGUGCCUUUGAUCCGAAUAUCGUCAAGAUGUGGAGAAUGGAGCGAAUUCUUGAUCAGUUUGUGGCUACAACACAGGAGAUCCUCAAUUCGGAGCCACAUGCACCACUAACAAAUAUUGCAGGUAUUCUACCAUCAGACGUGGAGGAUAUCUGGCGCUGGCAUGACAAGGUCCCUACAACCAUCGACGAGUGCAUCCACGAUACCAUCUGGAAUCAAGCUGCCAGACAACCCGAUGCCAUUGCUGUUGACGGUUGGGAUGGCAAGUUGACUUACGCGGAGUUGAUGACGGCUUCUAAACUGAUUGCAAGCCACCUACAAAGUUUGGGUGUAGCCAGCGGCGAUAUUUUACCUUUGUCAUUCGACAAAUCCACAUGGGCCAUGGUUGCCAUGCUAGCCGUGCUUCAAGCCUCUGCUGCCUUCUGUCAUCUGGAUCCGACUCAAGCGUCAGACCGUCGGGAACGAUUGCUUGACCAAACGGGCGCAAAGGUAGUACUCACCUCGGAACGAUACGAGGACCUGGACUUUGGCCGAGAUCGUAAAGUCGUGGCUCUAGGACCUAAGCUGUUGCACACACUCCAACAGAGUCAUCCUACACUCAGCAAGGCCAUUACUCCUAGCAUCAAUCCAGACUCUCUAGCUUACACCAUUUUCACCUCCGGCACAACCGGCCAGCCAAAGGGAGUUCUUGUUCACCACAGCGCACUCAGUUCGAGCUGCAAGUACAACGGCACAUUCCUCCGUCUCGACAAAAACACACGAUUCCUUCAGUUUUCCUCGUACACGUUCGAUGCGUGCAUGUUCGAGACUCUGACGGCUUUGAGCUUUGGUGGCUGCGUCUGCAUACCUCCGCAAGAAGAGAUACUAGGCAACCUCGCUGGCGCGAUACAGCAAUACUCUACCAACACUGCAGUGAUGACCCCGUCGGUCAUCCGUUUACUUCGACCUGCAGAUGUUCCUUCGAUCAAGACACUCAUUUUCGGCGGCGAGCCAGCAUUCCCGGCCGACUUUGAGCCUUGGCUAGGAUCUGUAGAAAGUGUCGUAAAUGUCUACGGUCCUACGGAAUGCACUGUCGUCUGCUGUGCCAAUCGAAUCGAGCCUGUCGGCGAGGGACAGACAGCAAUUUCGGGAGACCUGGGUUAUCCUGUUGGAACGAAUGCUUGGAUCGUCGACCCGAAUGAUUCACAGAGGCUUAUGCCUGUGGGUGCUGUGGGAGAACUCAUCAUAGAGGGCCCGUUAGUGUCAGGCGGCUAUCUACAUGACCCAGACCGCACUGCAGCAUCAUUCCUUCAGGACCCUUCCUGGCUUACUCCGAAAAGACAUGGGACGGUGUACAAGUCUGGUGACCUGGUUCGCUACACACCUGAAGGUCGGAUAGUGAUCCUUGGACGAAAGGACAAGCAAGUUAAGAUCCGUGGUCAGCGACUUGAAUUGGCCGAGGUUGAGUACCAUCUACAAGCAUGCAUGCCUCAUGUUGAGCAACUUGUCGUCGAAAUCAUUCCAGCCACUGAUGCCUCGGGAGCUAGCCUCGCUACCUUCAUCAUCAAUGCAGAUGGCGAUAGUGUGACGGAGGCAAAUGACUAUAGUAUUCGCAUGGUGUCCGCGAUCCCAGAAGUCGAGGAUGAACUAUCUACAAGAGUUCUCAGCUACAUGGUCCCUACGUUGUGGUUCAACAUGGCCAGACUUCCACUCAGCACGGCUGGAAAGUCUGACCGAAGAAAGCUUCGAGAGCUUGGUGCAGCUUGUUAUGCAACUUCUCUCAAGGAGUCCACAAGCAUGGGCCUGGCGAAUAAGGUUAUGCCAUCAACUAAGGAGGAGCAGUUGAUGCAGAGCGUCUGGGCGCGUAUCCUCAACAUUAAACCUGAGAUGAUUGGUAUACACGACAGCUUCUUGCGUCUCGGAGGCGACUCCAUCAUCGCGAUGCAAGUUUCGUCUUCGCUACGGUCAUCUCUGCAAGUUCCAGUUGCAACUAUCCUGAAACACAAGACCAUCAGUAGGAUCAUCAGUGCGUUGCAGAGUACUUUGUCUGCUGAGACUUCCCAAAAGGAAAGUCAGGUAGUCCAUGAAGUAGUCCCUGGAGAAUUCUUUGACCUCAGUCCCAUUCAACAAGUUUUCUUUGGUCAUCAGCCGGAUCCGAAUAUUGAGUUUGACCAGGGCUUCUUCUUGAAACUUGCCAGCAGGAUCAGCUAUGGAGGCCUCACAGAAGCACUUGAUACCAUCGUCCAAACACAUCCUAUGAUGCGGGCCAGAUUCCAGAAAGGGCCGAACGAUAGGUGGCAGCAGUGCAUCUCUCCGGACAUCCGUCAAUCAUAUGCCCUACACUCUGAAGAAUGCUUCGACGACGCUGCAGUAUCAUCAACCAUUGCCCGCUGUCGCAACACCCUUAAUAUCAUGAACGGCCCUGUUCUAGCAGGUGCCCUUAUUGACAAUCUAGAUGAUCAUUGCUUGUUCUUGGUUGUUCAUCAUCUGGUGGUCGACUUAGUAUCAUGGAGAAUUAUUCUUCAAGACUUGGAGACUCUCUUGACCGCUACAAAGGAUGAGACGGUGUCUUUGUUGCCACCACCUCUUUCAUUCCCUACUUGGUGUCACUUGCAGAAGUCGUACGCAGUAUCAAGUCUUUCUGUUGAUAAUCCUAUCAAUGACAUUCCCGCACCAAAUCUUUCGUACUGGGGGAUUGACCAUUCCAGCGAAGACCUUCAAGAUACAACAGGUCAGAGCUUCACGAUCAGCCCGGAGGCGACAUCAGCUAUCUUUGGCCAAUGUAACGAUAUCUUCCGAACAAAGCCAAUCGAACUCCUAAUAUCGACUCUUGUGUACUCUUUCGGGAAGGCAUUCACCGAUAGAAAUCUACCAACUAUCUGGAACGAAGGCCACGGCCGUGAGGUCUGGGAUGAUUCUCUAGAUCUUUCCAGGACAUGUGGUUGGUUUACUACCAUGGCACCAGUGAAUAUCUCUGGCAAUGAGAAGGAUUCACUGGAGAAUUAUGUUCGCCAGAUCAAGGAUUGUAUGCGUAGCAUGCCGUUGAAUGGUUGGGCCUACUUUAUGUCCCAGUUUGUCAACCAGAGUACGCCUGAGAAGUUCAUCGCGAACUUGCCCGCCGAGAUCAUGUUCAACUACAGCGGUGGGUAUAGGCAACUUGAACGUGAUGAUUCUUUCUUCCAGAACGUUGCUCCGCCGCAGCCUGCUGAUAAUGGCACCAAGUCACCUUCUUUCAGGCGUCACGCUGUUUUCGAUGUCCUUCCUGUCGUGAAUCGUGGUCAACUUUCCGUCACUUUCAUCUAUCCCCGAAGUAUGGACUCUCGACUUCCUAUCCAGACUUGGGUUGCGCAGUAUCAGGCUAGCUUGGAAGGCCUAGCAGUGGAACUUGUGAACAACGACCAUUACCAGACAGCUCCCCUUCUCACCUUGUCCGAUUUCCCGGGGGUCUUUGACUCUUACGAUGCAAUUGAGGAGUUCCAUGGGAGCGUGGCUCCGAACCUUGACAUCUCCACGCUGGAUGAGAUUGAGCAGAUUUAUCCCACUGCACCGAUGCAGGAGGGCAUCCUAAUCUCCCAAGCUAAAGAUCCAAAGAGUUAUCACAGCCGUCUGGUGAUCAAAGUUUUAUCCAAUAGCCCGUCACACAAGCCUGGAGCCUCGCCAUGCCCGAUCGAUCUAACAAGGUUACAGCAGGCGUGGAAGACUGUUGUCCAACGGCAUGAUCUCCUCCGCGCUGUUGUAGUUCACGCCUUCCCAGGCACUGGCCGCAUCAUGCAAGUCAUACUUUCAAGCCCACAACCAAGCAUCCAAAUUCACCAUGACUCCUCAGAGUCAUCUGUGGUGCAAGCAGUCAACUCACAAGACCCGCCACAUUACUCACCGACAGGGCUACAGCACCACCUCGCUAUACACGUCCUGACCCCAGGGGAAUGUCAUCUCGUCCUUGAGAUCAACCAUGCUAUUGUUGAUGGAUAUUCCACUGCUGUCCUCGCAAAAGACUUACAAGCAGCUUACAGGGGUUCAAAUAUGGCUCUACCGGCACCAUCAUAUGGAGAUUUUAUUGCCUUCACGGAUGUACAACCACAAGAAGAGGGUGUUGAAUACUGGUCAGAUCGACUGGUGGGGGCUGAACCAUGCCACUUCCCAAACUUAUCAUCAUCUACGGCUCACCAUACCAACUCGGAAGACAACAUUGAGAGUAACCACACUGAAGGGACUACCAUUCCAGUUCUCGGACUGAACACUACCGAGAUCCGCGAGUUCUGCAAAACUCAAGAAGUCACAUCUGCUAUCGUCGUUCAGUUAGCAUGGGCCAUUGUCCUAAGAUGGUACACUGGCUCACUAGACCCAUCUUUUGGUAUCCUAUGCUCUGGGCGGGAUCUUCCGAUUGACGGCGUAGAUAGGAUAUUCGGACCCUUGAUCGGCAUGUUGACUUGUCGAGUGAACCUUGAUGAUGCGACUAGUAUCUCCGAGGUGUUACAGGGGUUACAAGCGAGCUACGUCGAGAGCCUCCCGUAUCAAACUGUCUCACUGGCAGCGGUACACAACGCAUUGAAGCUGGGAUCCGAGGCUUUGUUUAAUAGUGUAAUCUCUUACCAGAAGGCUGAUGGAGCGGAUCAAAAGGAGGAUGGAUCUGGAGACUACAGGGGUGAUGAUGUUGAUGUUUCAUUCGUCGGAGGACAUGAUCCUGCUGAGCACAGUAUCGGAGUCAGGGUCAUAGAUACCCAGGACGAGCUCUUAGUCAUGAUUGACUCUAAAUGGGUCCUCGACAACAAUCAAGCAGCUCGAAUUGGCCAAUGCUUCAGUGCAGCAGUCCAUUCAAUCAUAUCCAACAGUGAAGUGGCUGUCAAAGAUCUCGAUGCCUUGAGCACUGAAGCACUCGAUCAGAUCUGGGAAUGGAACAGCAUCGUCCCAGAAGCCUACGACGUUUGCGUUCAUGACAUUAUUGAGGAUAGGGCGCUCAUAUGUCCUGACAAAAUUGGUAUUGACAGCUGGGAUGGAAAGUUGACUUACCGACAAGUCACUGAUCACGCGGGACGACUUGCGAGUUCUCUCAUCCAAAAUGAUCUUGUUCCAGAUAGUAUCGUCCCGCUAUGUUUUGAGAAGUCAAAGUUCACUGUUAUCGCAAUGCUUGCUGUGUUGCGAGCCGGGUGUGCCUUUGUCCUUCUUGAUCCCGCACAACCCAAGGACCGUCUUCGCAGUAUUGUCAAGCAGAUCGAUGCAAAGGUCGGAUUAUCGUCACCUUCAACUCAUCAUCUUCUGUCCACUAUAGUUGAAGAUGUCGUUGUUGUCAGUGAGACCUCACCACACCUGCAGUGCCCUGUCUUGCCCAGAGAUCAAAGCAGGGGAAGCCCCUCAUCUCUGAUGUACAUCGUCUUCACAUCAGGAACUACAGGAGAGCCAAAGGGGACGAUGAUCAACCACCACUCCUUUGCUUCUGCUAUCAAGCACCAAGCACAACGGGUUGGCUUCAACUCCGACAUCAGGAUAUUGGACUUUUCCUCUUACAGCUUUGAUGUCUCCCUCAACACGUUGAUGAUGGCAUUGGCCGAGGGUGGCUGCGUUUGUGUACCCUCUGAAGAGGAUCGCAAGAAUCACUUAACAGAAACCAUUGUCCGAUUUGGCGUCAACACUAUUGAUGUGACGCCUUCAGUGUGUCGUCUACUAAAUCCCGAUGAGAUGCCAUUGGUACACAGUGUGUUUCUGGGAGGUGAGGCACUGAAGGUCACGGACGUUACGCAUUGGCCAGAGCAUGUGAGAGUUGUAAACUGCUAUGGUCCAUCUGAAUGCACACCUACCACAACGAUCAAUGACAUUCAAGGUCCAGCCAUCACUAGUAUCGGAAAGAGUUUCGGUGCGGUGACUUGGGUUGUCGACCCAACAAACUAUCACACGUUGGCUCCUCCAGGCACAGUUGGCGAGCUUCUCGUCGAAGGCCCCAUCAUUGGUAGAGGAUACCUAAAUGAUCCUGUCCGUACAGCGGCGUCCUUCAUCCAUGAACCAGAGUUUAUACGCAAGGGCUCGGCCUCGUGCGCAGGCCGAUCUGGGCGUCUUUACAAGACAGGAGAUCUGGUCAGAUACCAAUCUGAUGGAAGUCUCAUGUAUCUCGGAAGAAAGGACACGCAGAUAAAACUCCGCGGGCAGCGUGUGGAGCUUAGCGACAUUGAGCAUCAUAUACUAGACUGCAUGUCUAGCACAGCCAAAGAAGUUGUCGUCGAGGUGAUUCGCCCAUUAGGCAAAGACGGGGACCAACAGACUCUUGCUGCUUUUGUUCUUUCGGGUGACGAGAAGACAGUUGAUGUCGAUGAGCCAAUCCGCUAUCAUGGUAUCGGAGUUGCUUCACUCCCAGGGACUAUGGCCAUCGAAGAAGCGCUUUCUAAGCGAGUACCGGGUUAUAUGGUGCCGACGGCCUGGUUCAGAGUCGAUGCAAUGCCAUUGACAAUCUCUGGUAAGAGAGACCGAAGAAAGCUGCGAGAUAUUGGAUCUUCGUACUCCAUCUUGCAACUCGAUCAGCAAGGAGCCCAGUACAAGCGCAAGCCGACAAACGAGAUCGAGAGAACUCUGCAAUCACUAUGUGGCCAGCUUCUAGGUAUCGACACCAACUGUAUAGGACUCGAUGACACUUUCUUCCGCCUCGGUGGAGAUUCUUUGAGAGCUAUGAGCCUAGUCUCUGCCGCUAGAAAGGCCGGCUUGGGUCUCUCCGUUGCACUGAUCUUCCAAUAUCCGAAGCUGGAAAAUCUUGCAAAGGAGCUCAAGACCAAAGAUGUUUCGCAGAACUCGAUCAUUGAGGUGAAAGAGAUCAAGCCGUUCUCACUUGUCUCCUCUCCACAGAAAGAUCUGGAUGAGCUUACCAACGGGGUAGCUAGACUCUGUUCCGUCGAUAUUGAGGAUGUUGAGGACAUAUAUCCGGCCACACCUCUGCAACAAGGCCUCAUGGCUCUGACUACAAAGAGGCCAGGAGACUACGUCCUCCAGAAUGUCAUGCAAAUUGACACUAACAUAGACUGCGACCGACUGCAGCGUUCGUGGGAGGAAGCAGUCCGACGUACGUCGACACUGCGCACCCGAAUCAUACAACACCCCUCUAGUGAUGCUGUAUUGCAAGUUGCGGUCAAGGGUAGCACUAUCCAGUGGAGCUAUGGUGAUGACCUCGAGGCUUACCUGAAGAUUGACAAAACCGCGUCCAUGGAUCUCGGGGAGCCACUUGUGCGCUUCGCCAUCAUUCGAGAGGGUGCUCUCGGCCAUUUCUAUCUCGUAUGGACAAUCCACCACGCAGUAUACGAUGGACAAUCACUCCCUGCAAUCCAAAACAUGGUUCACCACAUCUAUCAUGAUCAGUCAGACAUGAUUCCAAACCAUCCGGGAUGGAACACAUUUGUCAACUACCUUUUGACAAAGAACUACGACGACAGUAGAGCAUUCUGGGAUAAAAGCCUAUCUGGAUACAACUCAUCCGCAUUCCCACCGCUUCCACCAACACUGACAGAUGAAGUUAUUGCAGACACUUCAAUUGGUCUGUCUUUUGAAAUGCCUACCAUGAAAGAUUCAAGCGUAACGCUUGCCACAACCAUCAGGGCUGCAUGGGCUCUGGCUGUGUACUACAACACUGGUUCACCAGACGUGGUAUUCGGCGCUACACUCUCAGGACGUGGUGCCCCUGUCCCAGGGAUUGAGGAUAUUAUCGGUCCCACCAUCGCUACUGUACCAGUUCGGGUAACUAGUCCUCAGCGAGACUCGCGUUCCACGAUGUCGGAUUUCCUCCUCGACGUCCAAGCUCAGUCAACAUCCAUGAUCCCCCAUGAACAAUUCGGUCUACAGAAUAUCUCUAAGCUUAGCUCGGAUGCCCAGAAAGCAUGUGACUUCAAAACACUACUAGUCAUUCAGCCUUACGAAGACGAUGAACUUGACGCUCAAACACCAUCCGGUGCACAGCUUGGGAUCUGGCGUGAAGCAAUCGCUCAAAGUGGGGAGUUCAGUACGUAUCCUCUAACCAUUGUAUGUCGCGUCUCAGCCUCAGGAGGCAUGCAUCUGGGCUGUUACUUCGAUUCCCGUAUCUAUCCGCAAUGGCGAGCAGAAAGAAUGCUCGACCAAUUCGGAUUCUUGAUUCGACAACUCUCAAGCAUGGAUCUCAACAAGCAGAUAGCUGAAGUCGACAAUUUGGCCCCCUCUGACAGGGAGUUACUGUGGGCAUGGAACAAGAAGGUCCCGGAUCCUGCGGACCGUUCUGUCCAUGACUUAAUCCUUCAACGCACCAAGACGCAGCCUGGUGCCACCGCGAUUAGCGCCUGGGACGGUGAGAUGAGCUACACCGAGCUAGACAUCGCAUCUUCCAAGCUUGCAGUCCACCUCGUCAACGAGUGUGGCAUUAAGGCUGGAGAAAUGGUUCCCUUGUAUUUCGACAAGUCCGUCUUUGCGAUUGUGUCUAUGCUAGCGGUUCUAAAGGCCUGUGCCGUGUUUGUCCCGCUUGAUCCUACGCGCACAAGGAACAACCGGGAAACAAUCUUGACACAGCUGUGUGUGAGCACGAUACUGACGUCAGAGCAUCUCACAGGUGAUUUGCAAUCAGAGAGGAUCUCAGCAAGCGUUGUCCCUGUGGGUUCUCGACUUCUCACAAGCCUUACAAGCGAACACGAUAGGGAUGACGAAGUGGCAAGUCCCAGCUCUCUCAGUUCCGCAGCAUACAUCAUCUUCACAAGUGGCUCAACCGGCCAGCCGAAGGGCGUUGUUCUCGAACAUCAAGCCGUGGCAACAAGUUGCUCUCACCAUGGUCUGGCGCUUGGACUACAGACGACUUCGAGGGUGCUACAGUUUGCCUCUUAUGCCUUUGACGCAUCUAUCCAGGAAAUCAUCACGACUUUGGUUUACGGAGGUACCGUUUGUAUUCCCUCCACGCAUGACCUGCAAAACAACCUACAGGAGAGCAUCCAAGCCAUGUCAAUCAACACUGCCUACCUCACACCAUCUGUCGCUAAUCUCAUCAACCCUGCUGCCGUCCCCGAACUAACGACGCUUAUGUUGGCGGGCGAGGCAUCAACUACCCAGGAUCUCAGACGAUGGUUCCGACCAGAGCAGACACUACUUCACGGAUAUGGUCCAACCGAGUGUGCGGUGCUCUGCUCCGUUGCGAAUGUCAAUCUAGGCUCAGCUGAGAUACAACCCGCCUGCAUCGGUACUGCUACAGGUGGAACUAGCUGGGUUGUUGACCAGGAUGAUCACAACAAACUCCUUCCGAUCGGAGCCAUCGGUGAGCUUCUCAUUGAGGGGCAUAUCCUCGCAAAAGGUUACUUCCACGACCAGGCCAAGACCGAAGAGGCAUUCAUCGACACGCCCAUUUGGCUUUCUCAAGGACUCGGUGGGGACAACGGCAACACUGGACGUCACGGUCGCCUUUACAAGACCGGCGAUUUGGUGUCCUAUAAUCCUGACGGCAGUCUCAAUUUCAUCGGUAGAAAGGAUACACAGGUCAAGAUCAGAGGACAGCGGGUCGAACUCGCAGGAGUCGAGGCCGCUGUUCUGCAAUCCUUUUCCGGUGCAGUUCAGGUCGUUGCUGAGAUCAUCAACCCGAUAGGUCAGGGUGCGAACCCAGUACUAGCGGCGUUUGUGGUUCUCAACAAUGGUGAUGCGCCUGCUUCAUUCAACAAAACUCACAAUGGGGUGCAAGUUGGUGUUCUCCCUCUAAGUGCUACUUUCGAGGCCAGAAUCUCUGAGGUGAUGCCAAGUUACAUGAUACCAUCUGUAUGCUUCGUCGUCGAUGACUUACCACGGAACAUAGCAGGCAAGACCGAUCGAAAGAAGUUGAGAGAUGUCGGGUUAUCCUUCUCAACAGAAGAACUCGCUUCGCUUCAAAGGACAGAGGGCGCUAAGAAACAACGGCCAUCAACAGAUUCUGAGAAGCUAUUGUGUGGGAUUGUGGCGAAGGUCCUAAACCUCGACCUGGCCAGUGUUGGACUUGAUGAUAGCUUUUUCCGUCUUGGUGGUGACUCCAUCACCGCUAUGCAGCUAUCGUCUGCUGCACGUCUCCAAGGACUGGAUAUCUCAGUUGCAAGGAUAACAAGACUCAAGACACUCGGUCGGAUAUUGGAAGCCAGCAUCGCCGGCGACUGCAGUGCAGUGCCACAUAUCAACGACAUUCAUGCCGAAACACACAAUAACAGCGCGGUCGCUCUGACACCGAUCCAGCAGAUGUUCUUUCUCCAACAAACAGACCCUAAAGUCUCCUAUGAUCAGUUCUUCUACCUUCGACCCAAGACACCCAUCGCGCAGCCCCAACUCCUAUCCGCCCUUCACAGAAUCGUCGAUGCCCAUCCCAUCCUCCGUGCGCAUUACAAACAGAACACUUCUGGGAGCUGGGAGCAGUUCAUCACGAAGUCUGCAGAAGAAUCAGUCCGAUGCAUAUCACACACCUGCUCCGACUAUCAGCAGGUCGCCUCAGUCAUCCAAGACCAGCGAAGUAGCCUAGAUCCCACAGCUGGCCCUCUAGUUGUGGCCGCUCUGUUUGAGGUGAACGGUGAACAGACGCUCUUCAUAGUGAUUCACCAUCUCGUCGUUGACCUUGUCUCUUGGCGUAUCAUUCUUGGCGAUCUCGAAACUCUGCUGGUAUCAAGGUUUAUCGAUGAGGUCUCUCUGGCACCACCAACAACAUCUUUCCAAGCCUGGUCUACGCUCCAAGCUCAACAUGCUAGAGAUCUAGUCAAACCUCCUCGGCAACAAAUAACUAUUCCAACACCACAGAUCUCAUACUGGGGCAGCGAGGCCACAGCAACGAGUCUAGGUGCUGAUACAACCACUUUAUCGUUCUCCGUGGACGAAUGUACAACAGCCGCCAUUCUGGGGGCAUGCAACGAAGCCAUGGGGACAAGACCAAUUGAACUGAUGAUAUCAGCACUGCUUUUCUCCUUCGGACAGACUUUCAAUGGCAGAGCACUGCCUACAGUUCUGAACGAAGGCCAUGGUCGUGAGGCCUGGGAUGAGUCACUGGAUCUAGACCUGUCAAGGACAGUGGGUUGGUUCACCACGCUGUAUCCUGUUCAACUUGAUCCAACCAAGACCCCUAUCACCACCACAUCGUCCCACACCACAAAGCAAGGAGGUGAGUUACUCGACAUCAUAGCUCAAACGCACAGCGCCAUGUCAAUCGACUCCUCUUCAGAUAAGGGUACUGCUUGGUUCACAUCCCAAUUUGCGACCCCAGAGUCUGCGCAAUCCUUCGUGCAAAAGCAACUUCCUGCUGAGAUCGUCUUCAACUACGGUGGUGUUUACCAGCAGCUUGAGCGCGAUGACUCGUUCUUCAAGAUCACAUCUUUGGAGGAAAUGGCCAACGGUGUCACUGAUGAUCUGGAAGCACAGGAAGUCGAAACCCCCAGAAAGGCCGGCGUGUUUAGUAUUGAUCCUCCUUCAUCUGCCGAGCCGCAGCUUUCCUCACUUUUUGAGUUUGUGGCUGGUGUGACAAGGGGGAGACUGCAUGUAUCAGUCCUGUAUAGUAAGAAGUUGUCGCGUCAGGAGGAAAUUGAAGAGUGGCUUGUUGGGUUUGAGGAUGUUUUGAAGAGGAUUGUUCAGGAAUUAGGCACGGAAUAG